GCCCCUUCCACAUUCCUGCCCCGCCGGGCCUGCCCCGCGCCCGCCGCCGCAGCCCGCGCCCGCCGCCCGCCCGGCGAUGAAGGCGGCCCAGGCCACCGGCGAGGACGCGCCGCCCGGCGUGCGGUCGGUCAAGGUGGUCCUGGUGGGCGACGGCGGCUGCGGGAAGACGUCGCUGCUGAUGGUCUUCGCCGAUGGGGCCUUCCCCGAGAGCUACACCCCCACGGUGUUCGAGCGGUACAGCGUCCAUCUGCAGGUGAAGGGCAAACCUGUGCACCUCCAGGUGUGGGAUACGGCAGGACAAGAUGACUAUGACCGCCUGCGGCCCCUGUUCUACCCGGAUGCCAGUGUCCUGCUGCUCUGCUUCGACGUCACCAGCCCAAACAGCUUUGACAACAUCUUUAACCGGUGGUACCCAGAGGUGACUCACUUCUGCAAAGGAGUGCCUGUCAUUGUCGUGGGCUGCAAGACUGACCUGCGCAAGGACAAGGCUCUGGUGAACAAGCUGCGGAAAACGGGAUCAGAGCCUGUGACCUACCACAGGGGCCAGGAGAUGGCGAGGUCUGUGGGUGCGGUGGUGUACCUCGAGUGCUCUGCUCGGCUGCACGACAACGUCCACUCAGUCUUCCAGGAGGCGGCGGAGGUGGCCCUCAGCAGCCGUAGUCGCAACUUCUGGCGGCGGAUUACCCAGAGUUUCUGCGUGGUGAUCUGACCAACCUGGGGCCCUCCCUGCCCCUGACCAUCACACCAGCUUGGGAAGGAGUUGGGCACUAACCUGCAGAAUUGGGUGGCCCAGGCCCAGUCCCCAGGCUGGGCCUGCUGAACUGCACCUCCAUGGAUGGACACCCCCCAGAGCCUGGGGAUGCUGAACUGAGGAAGCGGGUUCCCAGUACCCAGUCCUAGCCGGACGUCCUGGAGUGGCUUGCAGCCUGGCCUGGCGCCGCCUCGUGGCCGUUCCCUGGCCUACAUCUGCAGGACCUGGUGUUCUCAGGCCCAUCAAGCCAGAAUCCACACCCUGCCCCUUCCUCCUUCCCCCUACUAGUUCCAGUGGGAAGUGUAACAACUAAAAUGACAUCACUUGUCAUUUGUGUCCUGCUUCUUGUUGUAAAGCACCUUUACACGUGUACCAAGAUGGGUAAGAGCCAAGGUGGGCAAGAGACGGUUAGAACUCUUGGAUUCAAACCUGGCUUUAUGGAUUCCAGGACCUUGGGGAAAGUUCUUCUGAGCCUCAACCUCCCUAUUUGUAAAGUGGAACCAAUCAGAGACCAUGUCCUGGAACUUUGGAACAUGUAGGAGUCAUGAGGACCAACACACACAAGGAGCGGGGAACUGGGUGCAGUGGUACACGCCCCUCAUCCCAGCAACUCAGGAGCCUGAAGCAGGAGGAUCACAAGAUCAAGACCAACAGGGGCAACUUAGCAACACCCUGUCUCAGAAUAAAAAAGUAAAAGAG